AUGGAGUUAUCGGGAGAAGAGUAUGGAAUACUCAAACUAGAGAUGAAAGAUCUCUCGAGUCUUUUUCUACUCGAAGUUUCGGAAGGGCUUUGGAGCUUUACGACGGACGAGCUUGAUGAGCAAAGAGAGAUGUUCGCGAGGGUGUUGAACUAUUACGUUGAACGAAACGAAGGAAGUAACAUUGCGAGCCCUCUUCCUUUUCAACGUGUCUUGUGUUUCCACUCUGAGAACUGGAACCGAGUCAUUUAUCUUGAGAAGAAAGAAAACAAUGGCCAUCUCGUUUUCUUCGUCGACUAUGGAUACAGUGAAGUGGUCAAUUCGACGAAAUGUCCAUUCAGAAAGAUCGAGCCAGAAUUCUGGAACAACAAACCUGCGUUGGUGAUCUUUACGCCUGAGUGUUAUGAGAUCACUGAUGAUCAAAUGGAAAAGCUUCACUUGUCCGAUCAUCGAAUGAAGAUGGAAAAUGUGAAGAAGAUUUCUGAGAUUCUUCGGCAUAAACUUCCACCGCAGAGAGUUACUUUCGAAAAAGAGUUCCGAGGAGAAAUAACAUCCAAAACAGAUGAGCAGAAGGGCUUUUGGUUUCUGCGCGAAGAGGACCAAGAGGUACUCGAUGAGAUCAACGAAGCAAUGUCGAAGUCGAUUAGCACGCUGAAGCAGCCGACUGGUCCUCCGAAAGUUGGCGAUUUACUUCUCUCGAAAUUUGAGAAACAGUACUUUCGUUCACGAGUUGUCGAUAUUGACAGCACUGCGCCACAAGUACUCUUCGUUGAUUUCGGCAACACUGACGACUUGAUAGACAAAUACUAUGUACUUCCGGAGACACUUUUGAAGUUCCCUCCUCUUGCUUUACGGACGUACAUUGUUGGUUGUGACGAUGCAGUAGUGGCCGAACUGUGUGAAGGCGAUGAGAUAACAUUAACUUACAAACGAGAACUUGCAUCGAAGAAUGGCUACUUCGGAGCGAUUUACCCUACCAGUAGUGCUCAGCCAACUCCAUCGAAAAUUGUUGAUCCGGAGGAGUGUGAGUUCCCUACUGAGCCCGGUCCUCUGCCGGUUCAAAAUGAAUCUGCUUCCUCUUGGCCGACGAACACUUCAUUGGAAUCAGCACAGCGAUUAUACCCUCAGCAUGAAGAGACUAUAAAUUCAAGCGACGAGAAAGAAGGCGAGCACGUGAUCACUGAGGAAUCACCGCUAAAAAUCGUCAAUUUUGCACCGAUUGAGAAAAAGAACCUUGAUGAAAGCAUAGAAAGCACUUUGGAGGGAAAAAGAGAAGAACAUUUGCGAAUGAUCAAAAACAGCAUUCCUCGCAGACUCGACGACCCCUUGAACAUGAUCAACCCGUUUGAACUCGUUGUAAUGUCGAAGAAUGAAGUAAAGGAACACACGUACAUCGAGGGAUAUCUGAAAACAGACUCUGAAACACUUCGCCGUAUGUCCGACGAGAUUUCACCAACCGAAAGUAUUGUGGAGCCAAUUAUCGGGGACAUUGUCGUUGUCCAUUCGAAGGUUUUCGAAGCUCGACCUGUCCGUGGCCAGAUCAAAGGGUUCCAACUUGGAUCUUCAGAUGAGACCGUCAGUGUACAUCUGAUCGAUUACGGGAUGACAGAACUUCAUCCAUGCUCCCGUGUCUACAAAUAUCGUCCACUGGUCGACCGAGAAUACCAAUAUGCAUUCGCUGUGAAAGCUGUCGUACGCAGCGAUUUUAAGUUCGGCUUGAUGGAUAGCUUGACCGUACGCAAGAGUUCGGUUGUCCUUCCAUGUGAUUCCAUUGAUCUUCCAUUGCUGAUCCCAGAAGCUCCGUUGAUAGAGGUUCCUUCUCGAGAAACCUGUCACGAUCUUCCAAGCCCCUUGGAAUUGCAGAUUGACCUUACCGUCGAUGAUGCUGCUGUCGCUCAAAAAGAACAAGACAGCACUCAGCUCUCAACAUGCACAGUCAACGGGAGAAAAAUUGUCUUGACCUCAGUAUUCAAGUGCGGGAAGAUAUACGAAUGCAUGUUUCUAAAUGUUCGAGUGAUGGCUAUCCCUAACUCAGAGAAAUUCAACGACAGUGGUAAGAGGGAUUAUGUGAUCACUCUGUGUAUCAAACAAGAUUGGAUAGAUUUCAAUAAUCUGGUAAAGGAUGCCAUGAACUCUUCAGAAAAUGUCCCUUUACAUGAAGACAACAUCAAAAAGGGCAUGAACGUGAUCAUCAAAGACAAGAGUUACCCGACAGUUCCUGAUGCAGGGUGGCGACGUGGUCGAGUUGAUUUCGUUCCUGGAGAUAAACCACGAUACUUGGGAAGAGUCUUGCCGCCUGGUCGAUUCUUGGUUAGAGAGCUUGACACGGAGAAAUGCUUGGUCAUUGCAUCGAGCCGGCUCUUUCCCAUUCCAGAGAAUCUAGAGUCUAUCGACUGUAGCCUACCAAAGAAGGUUGUUCUCCGGACGAAAUGCAUCGACAAUUAUAGUGCCGGAUCAGUCUAUCCUGUCAAGAUUCUCCGCCGACGGAAGGAUGACCUCUACAUUUGUGAAGUACAAGAAGAGAAACUCGUGGUCGAUUACGACUACGAGUUUGAGGCAAAGGAAGCCGAUAUGAAGCGUGCUUUCAAAGAACGAAACCAGGAGGCUUUCCAGAAAGCCUUUACGGGAAUCGGUAAAAUCGCGAGCGAAGUUUUCAAGGUGUCGCUUGUGCUGGUCGAAGAACGUUUCAGUGGUUAA